AUGAUGCUCGAAAAUGUUUCACCGGACCUCGACGCUUCUGCAGUUGCUGGAGGAGACAGCUUGGGUCGACUCGAUGCUCAGCACGAGCCUUGCGAGCAGUAUCAUCACUCUUCACUCCGUCUCGAAGAGACUGCCAACCAAAUCCGAGAGGUCGCCGAUGCUACCGCCGAUUCUACCUCCCGCUCUGUCGCCAGGGAUUCUGCCAAGGAGGACGAUGAUGGCGACUUCAGACGCGGCAGUAGUGAUGACGACGGCAGCGACGAGGAUAGGUACCGUAUCGUCUCCAACCCCGACGUCGUCCGAGCUGCCUCGGCCCUCAGGCGCAGAGGCGAUGCAGCCUUUCGCGAGUGGAUCAGCAAGAGCGAGCGUCUUCGUUCGAAUCUCAGCAGCGGCGUCGGUGGCGGCAUGGAGCACGCAUCGGCGGGCCGUCUCAUCCAGAGAAACGAGGAGAAGCGUAUUAUUGCGACGCCGCGAGAGUAUCAGAUAGAACUCUUCGAAAGAGCAAAGGAGAAGAACCUCAUAAUCGUUCUUGACACCGGAUCUGGCAAGACCCUCAUUGCCGCCCUGUUGCUGAGGUUUACCCUGGACCAAGAGCUCGAACGACGGGCUGAGGGGGGUGCGAAAAAGGUCGCCUUCUUCCUCGUCGAGAACGUCGCGCUGUGCUUCCAGCAGUACAGCGUCCUCAGGGCCAAUCUCGAGCAUCCUGUCGCUAAAUUUCACGGCGAAAUGACGGGUAUCCUGCGUACGAAAGAGUUCUGGGACCAACAGCUCGACGAAAACAUGGUGCUCGUCUGCACCGCCCAGAUUCUGCUCGAUUGUCUAAACAGCGGCUUCCUGCAGAUGAGUCGGGUAAACCUGCUCAUCUUCGACGAGGCCCAUCACACGAAGAAGAACCACCCGUACGCCCGCAUCAUCAAGGAGCACUACUUGCGCAAACGCCACGACCGACCACGCAUCCUCGGCAUGACGGCGUCGCCGGUCGAUGCCCAGACAAGAGACUUGCGCGGUGCAGCAGCCGACCUUGAAAGCAUCAUGUGCAGCGAAAUCGCCACCGUGUCGGACGAAACCCUUGCCGAGGGCCAGAACCGGCGCCGACAGAUUGAGAUGAAGGAGUACUAUGCAAGGCUCGUCCGGCCGGAAGACGCCAAAACGCCAUUAUCUGCCCGCAUUUCGAACCUCAUAUCCCACGAGCCACAGUAUCGCAUGCAUUUUGAAGCCGCCCAGGACGUGGCAUCCACCCUUGGUCCCUGGUGCGCUGACAGAUACUGGCUCCUCCUCAUGACCGAUGCCGAGGUUGACAAGCAGGUGGCAAAGGCCCGAGAGAGGGACAACCGCCGACAGACGGUCGAUAGGGAGGGCGAAGCAGACCGCGUGCUCUCCGUCCUGUGCGAGGUACAGAAUGCCGUACGACUCGGUGCCGUGGCCAACGACGAGAUCAUGACAACGGCAACGAGGAUGACGGAUCCCCACUUGUUUGCCUUUUCGUCCAAGGUCAAGACGCUUCGACAGAUCCUUGAAGACGCCUUCAAGGAGCGGGUCACGACUCGCUGCAUCGUCUUCGUCAAGAAGCGAUACACCGCUCUCCUCCUCGCGCAGGCCUUUCAACUGGUCGAUAUGCAGAUCCCAGCCAUUCAUGCAUCCCAUUUGAUUGGUUCUAGGGUAGGAGCUGCGAGCAUUGCCAAUAUGUCGUUUCGUGACCAGGUCGUCGCUCUUCAGCGAUUUCGACGUGGCGAUACAAACUGCCUCUUCGCCACCCAGGUUGCUGAAGAAGGCAUCGAUAUUCCGGAGUGUGAUUUCAUCAUCCGCUUCGACUUGUACGACUCUGCAAUUCAGUACAUACAGUCCAAGGGACGAGCCCGGAAGGAUAAAUCAACCUACAUCAGCAUGCUCGAGGAGGGGAAUAUGCAGCACCUUCGAAAGCUGAAACAGGCGACGAGAGACGCCAUCUCCCUUCGUCAGUUCUGCACCAGCUUGCCUUCGGACAGAAAGAUACAAGACAACUUCGACGCCGUGACCCUCGCCGAGAACGAGCGCAUUGCACAAAGGGUGCACGAAAUUCCUGAAACGGGUGCGCGCUUGUCCUUUGCCUCCAGUCUCGAGGUCCUGGCUAAGUUUGUCUCCUCUCUGACCGACUCUCAUGUUACCCCCGAUUACGUCGUGACCUCCUCGUCCACAAGCAAGAAGUUCGUCGCCACGGUCAUCUUGCCCGAGGAAAGUCCGAUCAAAUGCAAGCGUGGGUUUGCUCAACGCAACAAACAGCUGGCUCGAGGUUCGGCCGCCUUCGAAGCUUGCGUCGAGCUUAUCGAGAAGAAAUACAUCAAUGGCCAUCUGCAGCCGACUCUGAGCAGACGACUCCCAGCAAUGCGAAACGCUCGCUUGGCACUCAGCUCCAACAGGAGGGAAGAAUACACGAUGCGGGUCAGGUCGGAGAUAUGGUGUCAGCUGGGCUAUCCUGCAACACUAUUCCAACACACUUAUCUCCUAGACAACCCCGAGGCGACAGGGAGGCGUACACAUCCCAUCCUCCUGCUUACAAGGAAGCCGUUGCCAAAGAUGGAGCCUAUGCUCUUUUACUUCGGCAAGAGGACCUCGGCCGCGCGCCUGGUUGGCUCUGCGAUGCCGCCGUUGGAGCUUGCUUCCGACGAGGUGGAUGCGCUCGCAAAGUUCACGCUUGCCAUAUUCAGAGACGUCUUCAGCAAAGAUUUCAACGCAACGCCGGAGGAACUGCCUUACUUUAUCGCUCCGUGCGCAGCAAUACCCGUGGACGGGCCCUCGGCGGCGAGUGUCGAUUGGAACAUGAUGAACAUGGUGGCUCACGAUGACGUACCCGAGUGGCGAGGUGCUCCCGAAGCCUUCUUCGCCGGAAAGAUGGCCAUCGACCCUUGGGACGGCUCUCGAAAGUUUCUGAUUCACGGCAUCAACAAGUCGCUGAAGCCAAGCGACCCUGUUCCCGAAGGUGUACCCAUGCCGAAGUGCCGGGCCUACCGUCUUGUCGAACAGACUAUCAAGGAAUACAGCAAUAGCCUGAGUAUUAAGUCACGGCAGAGGCAAACGUGGGACGAGGGACAGCCCGUGCUUGACGCCGAGCUGUUGUCGUUGCGGCGAAACUUCAUGGACGAGGACACUGCAGAGAGAGGGAAUGCCGAUAUGGGCUGCUGCAUCAUCCUCGAACCGUUAGUGCUCUCCAAGCUUCCGGCCGACAUAGUUUCCAUGGCGAUAGCACUGCCAGUGAUGAUGUAUCGCCUUGACUCGGCCCUCAUCGCGCUGGAGGCGUGCCGGCUGCUUGGGCUUGGAGACAUCCGGUCCGAUCUGGCGCUCGAGGCGCUGACAAAGGAUAGUUCCCACACUGAGGAGCACGAUAGGGAUCAGGUGGGGUUUCAGGUCGGCAUGAGCAACAACUACGAGCGGCUCGAGUUUCUCGGCGACGCUUUUCUCAAGAUGGCGACGACGAUAUCUCUCUUUACCCUGAUGCCGAACACCAACGAGUUCGAGUACCACGUUGAACGGAUGCUCCUUGUGUGCAACCAAAACCUCUUCAACCACGCCGUCGACAUUAAGCUUCAGGAGUUUGUCCGAUCAAAGUCGUUUGACCGUCGAACGUGGUACCCGAGCAACCUCAGGCUGACAAAGGGCAAAGCGCCCAAGACGGAAGCGACGCACCGGCUCGCCGACAAGUCCGUCGCCGACGUCUGCGAGGCACUCAUCGGCGCAGCGUACGUUACGCAAAAGAGGGUGGGCAAGACGGACCUGGCGGUCCAGGCGGUGACGAAGAUGGUCAAGAGCAAGAAUCACAGGAUGACAAAAUUUAGCCAGUACUACGACGCGUUCAAGAUGCCCGAGUGGCAGGUGGCCGUCGGCUCGGCGACUCAACAUGCGGCUGUCGAGCGCAUCUUCGAGGCCACGGGCUACCGUUUCCGGUCGAGCAACUUGCUGCGCAGUGUCUUCAAGCAUCCGUCGUACCCGUACGAGGCAAUGAUUCCGAACUACCAGAGGCUAGAAUUUCUCGGCGACGCACUACUCGACCUCGUCAUCGUCGACUACCUCUUCGACCGCUUUCCGGACGCCGACCCGCAGUGGCUCACGGAGCACAAGAUGGCGAUGGCGUCGAACCACUUCUUCGGCAGCCUCUGCGUGCAGCUCGGGCUCCAGAAGCAUCUCCUGACGACGACGGCGGCGCUCGUGGGGCAAAUCAGCGACUUCGUCACCGAGCUUGAGCUGGCGCGGGCGGGGGUCGACGAAGCUGGCGGCCACCGCCGCGAUUACUGGCUCGACACGUCGCAGCCGCCAAAGGUGCUCUCCGACCUCGUGGAGGCGUUAGUGGGCGGCCUAUUUGUCGACUCCCGAUACGAUUUGUCGACGGUCCACCGCUUCUUCUCAAGCCACAUCGAGCCCUUCUUCGACGACAUGGCUCGUUACGACACGUACGCGAGCAGGCAGCCGGUGACAGUGCUCGUGCACGUGAUGCAAAAUCGUCUCGGUUGCCAGAACUGGCGUCUCUACCUUUCGGUAGUGCCGGGCCAGACGACGGACGGGGUCGCGGCUGUGACGGAGGACGAAGCUGUUUGCGCGCUCAUGGUGCACGAGCAGGCGGUCGAGCACGCAACGGCCAAGACGGGGAGGGAUGCGAAGCUCGUGGUCGCCAAGGCAGCGUUGAGAAGGUUCGAGAAGAUGGAACGGAACGACUUUCAGGCCUUGGUGGGAUGUUACUGCCUGGGAAGAGGGCCAGAAACGAGGCGAUGA